AUACCUGCAGACCAUAAUGCUAUUUUCAAUUAUUUUCUCAUUCUGUAAUCCCUAGCCCCCUCCUCCUGAGACCACUUCAAAGCCAGCCACACUACAAAAAUAACAACCCCAAAUCAAUCAAAAUCAACUUCAUGAUCCUCACGUCUUAAACCCCACAACCCCAUUUCUUGAUUUUCUUCAACUAUCUCUCUCCUUUCCCCCUUUCUUUAAUCCCCAUCAAAUCUUCAAUUCCACUUUUUUAUUCAAGAACCCAAAAUAUACACACGCAUUCUGUAUCUACAGCCAUGACAGAGGUGAUUCAGUCCUCACCCACCUCAUCCUCCUCCUCUUCUUUACACAACUUUGAGUCCCACUCAUUCCAAGAAGAAGAAACAGAUGAAGGGUCAUCAGUAUCUUCUAGGGUUUUAGAGGAACAAGAGAGGAAAGAGAGAGACAAGAAUAGUAGAGAUCAGUUGUCUUUAUUGGCAGUUUUGGUGACCCUUUUCAGAAAAUCUUUCUGGGUCACUUGUACUAGUGUGGAUAGAGCUAAGCUUGCUGGUAUGGAUAUUGGGUGGCCCACUAAUGUGCAGCAUGUUGCUCAUGUUACUUUUGAUAGAUUUAAUGGUUUCUUGGGUUUGCCUGUUGAGUUUGAGCCUGAAGUUCCUAGGAGGGCUCCUAGUGCAAGCACCACUGUUUUUGGGGUUUCCACAGAAUCCAUGCAGUUGUCAUAUGAUCACAGAGGCAACAGUGUUCCCACAAUAUUGCUGCUGAUGCAACAGCGAUUAUAUGCUCAAGAAGGCUUACAGGCAGAAGGAAUAUUCCGAAUCAAUGCUGAUAACGGUCAGGAAGAGUUUGUGAGGAAUCAAUUGAAUGCAGGAGUUGUUCCAGUGGGCAUUGAUGUACACUGUUUGGCUGGUCUCAUCAAGGCAUGGUUCAGAGAACUCCCUGCUGGUAUUUUGGACUCGCUAUCGCCUGAACAGGUGAUGCAGUGCCAAACAGAAGAAGAUUGCUCUGCGCUUGCAAUGCUUCUUCCUGCAACAGAAGCUGCUCUAUUGAACUGGGCUGUUAAUUUAAUGGCUGAUGUUGUUCAACAGGAACAUUUAAACAAGAUGAACGCACGCAAUAUUGCAAUGGUAUUUGCUCCAAACAUGACCCAGAUGGCAGAUCCAUUGACGGCAUUGAUGUACGCCGUACAAGUCAUGAACUUUCUCAAGGCACUUGUUACAAAAACACUGAAAGAAAGAAAGAGUUCUGUGGUAGAAGUAUCCCCCUGUACACGUGUCAACCCUUCUGAUGAAAAUGGGCAUCAGGGUCCUUUACAACUGUGCCUUGAAGAAACUGCUGAAGAAAAUGAAUUGAAAGAACAUUCCUUUACUACUGCAGAUCCACAUUCAGAGACUGCAUCUGACUUCAAUUACGUAAGCAAAAUCUGCGAUGAAGAACAUCUCAGUUUCACUACUGAGGAGACUGAUGGGGGGAAAGAUGGUGAGACUCCCAAUCGUAUUUCCUCUGUCGAUAACUACAUAAGCAACAUUAGUGAUGAACAUCUCAGUUACACGACUGAGGAGUCUGAUGGGGGAGGAUACAUCGACACUCCCCGUCGUAUUUCCUCUGCUGAUAAUACAUCUGAAUCAAGGUCACCCAGUGCUGCCAAAUUUCUUGUUGAAGAUACAGCUCAAGUGACUACAGUAGGUCAGUCAAGUGAAUCAAAUUACAGUAGCAAGAUUUCUGAAAAGAUCAGUGGUCGAGAAAUUGUGAUUCAUGCCCUGGGAUCUAUUGAUAGCAAAGGAAUAAGCAGCCUGAGCAGAAUAAAUUCAAGGUCAGAGCGAAUUGCAGCCUGGCGAUAAACAGAAGUAAGCAUUGUUAAUGCCAUUUACCAAUACAGUGACAAGAUUGAAUUUCUCUUAACUUUACCGAAUCUGCGUUGAACCAACUAUUUGUUGAUUUUUUAAUGAUGUUUAUAACUCCAUUGGGUGCCUUCCCUUUUGUCAUUUGUAUAUUAAAAUUUAUAAUAUAUCUCCAACUCCUAUCAAACA